AUGAGCAAUUAUAUUCUCAAAAUAUUUUAUGUAUUGCAAUUGCUUUUAUUGCUUACCUCAGGAUUCACUCAUGAGUUCAAAAAUACUACAAUUGAAAGUGUUGAAUCAAAAUGCAUAGAGAGGGAGAAACAAGCACUCCUCAAGUUCAAACAAAGCUUCCUUGACGACUCUUACAUGCUGUCUACCUGGAAGGAUGAUAACAAAGAUGGAGACUGCUGCAAAUGGAAAGGAAUUGAGUGCAACAAUGAAACAGGUCAUGUAAAGAAACUUGAUCUUCGUGGUGAUGAUUCACAAUUCUUGGUAGGUUCAAUUGAUUUCACUUCGUUGAUUGUCUUGCAAAAUAUGGAAUAUUUGGAUCUUAGCCAUAAUUUAUUUCAAGGCAAUUCUAUUUCAGAACAAAUAGGCUCACUUACCAAGUUAAAGUAUCUAGAAUAUCUAGAUCUAAGUGAGAUGUUUUAUGGUACAAACGGAGAAAUCCCUUCUCAACUCGGGAAUCUUACACGUUUACGAUAUCUCAAUCUAAGAGAUAACUAUAAUAUUGUUGGAGAAAUCCCUUGUCGACUUGGAAAUCUCUCACAACUACAGUACCUUGAUCUUGAAGGAACUUCUUUUACCGGAGUAAUCCCUUUUCAACCAGGAAAUCUUCCUGUUUUGCACACUCUUAAACUUGAUGUGUAUUAUCAUUUCACAGAUAGUAAUAUAAAGUGGUUGUCUACACUCUCUUCUUUAACAAGUCUUUCCCUGAGCGGACAAUAUCGUAGGUUUGUCUUUUUUCACUACUUGCUCCAAACAAUCAUGAAGUUUAUUCCAAACUUAAGAGAGUUGAGGUUAGUUGAUUUUGGUCUUAUAGAUACUGAUGUCGUGUCUUUGUUUCAUUCUCAUUCUAACUUUUCCAAUUCUCUUACCAUCCUUGAUUUCUCUGACAAUAUGUUGACAUCAUCAACUUUUCAAUUCUUGUCAAAUAUUAGUCUUAAUCUUCAAGAGCUUCGUCUUUCUGGAAACAAUGUUGUUUGGCCAUCUCAUUUCUAUCCAAACUUUCCUUCUCUUGUCAUCCUUGACCUCUCAACUAAUAAUAUUUCAUCAUCCCAAUUUCCAGGUAUCCGCAGUUUUAGCUCCAAAUUGCAAGAGCUUUAUCUAGAAAAUUGCAUGCUUACAGAUAAAAGUUUUCUUGUGUCAUCUACUUCAGUUGUGAACUCUUCAUCUUCCCUUCUCAUCCUUGAUGUUUCCUCAAAUAUGUUGAGAUCAUCGGAAAUAUUUUUAUGGGCUUUUAACUUUACCACUAAUCUUCAUAGUCUUAGCCUCUUUGGUAACUUGUUAGAAGGUCCCAUUCCAGAUGGAUUUGGGAAAGUGAUGAACUCUCUUGAAUAUCUUUCACUCUCAGAAAACAAUUUACAAGGAGAUAUUCCAUCUUUCUUUAGUAACAUGUGCACAUUGGAUACUUUAGACCUAUCAAAUAACAACUUGAGUGGUGAAAUUUCUAGCUUCAUCAACAAAAAUUCAGUGUGCAAUAGACACAUAUUUACAGAUUUGGAUUUAUCUCAUAAUAGAAUAACGGGGGCGCUACCUGAAUGCAUCAACUUGCUAUCUGAGUUGGAGUAUCUAUACUUGGACGGUAAUGCUUUGGAAGGUGAAAUCAAUGAAUUACAUCUCACCAAUUUUUCCAAAUUGAAAGUAUUAUCCUUAUCAUACAACUCAUUAUCCCUGAAGUUUCCCCUUUGUUGGGUUCCUCCUUUCAAAUUAGUAGCUUUGAACUUGGCAUCUUGCAAGCUGGGUUCAAGCUUUCCAAGUUGGCUCCAAACACAAAGAUCCAUACUGCGACUUGAUAUUUCUGAUACAGGGCUUAAUGGUGGCGUACCCGAAUGGUUUUGGAACAACUCACAACAUAUGAUAUUAAUGAAUAUGUCGCACAACAAUCUAAUCGGUACAAUUCCAGAUUUUCCAUAUAAGUUUCCUCAAAGUUCGGCUGUAUGUUUGAAUUCAAAUCAAUUUGAGGGUGGAGUUCCGUCCUUUUUGCUACAAGCUUCACAUCUAAUGCUCUCCGAAAAUAAAUUUUCACAUUUGUUUUCAUUUUUAUGUGAUAAAAAAGCACCACCAACAAACUUGGCCACUCUAGAUUUAUCAAACAAUCAAAUAGAGGGACAGCUUCCUAAUUGUUGGAAUUCUGUAAACACAUUACUGUUUCUUGAUUUGAGAAACAAUAAACUUUCGGGGAAGAUUCCACAGUCCAUGGGCACCCUUGUUAAAGUGGAAGCUUUGGUUUUAAGAAAUAAUAGUUUGACUGGUGAAUUGUCUUCCACUUUGAAGAACUGCAGAAAUUUAAUGUUGUUGGAUGUAGGUGAAAAUUUGCUGUCUGGCUCAAUUCCAUCAUGGAUAGGAGAAAACAUGCAACAAUUGAUAAUCUUAAGCUUGAAAGGGAAUCACUUUUCUGGAAUUAUUCCUAUUCGCCUAUGUCAUUUAAGGAAUAUUCAACUUUUGGAUCUUUCAAGAAAUAACUUAUCAGAAGGAAUUCCAACAUGCUUAGAGAAUUUUACAUCAUUGUUAGAAAAGAGCAUCAAUACUAGUGAAACUGAAAGUCAAAUAUAUUCGACAAGUCCAGGCUACCUUUUCAUUUAUGGUGUAAUUUCCGAAGAUUAUACGUUUAACAUACCUUUAUUCUGGAAAGGUAUGGAACGUGGGUUCAAGCAUCCAGAGUUGCGUCUUAAGAGCAUUGACCUUUCAAGUAAUAACUUAACAGGUGAAAUACCAAAAAAGAUUGGAUAUUUGGUUGGAUUAGUCUCUUUGAAUUUAUCAAGAAACAAUUUGAGCGGAAAAAUCCCAUCUGAAAUUGGAAAUUUAGUUUCACUUGAUUUCCUCGACUUGUCAAGAAACCGUUUCAUUGGUAAAAUUCCUUCCACUCUUUCCAAGAUCGAUCGGCUAGAAAUUUUAGACUUGUCAAACAACUCUCUCUCCGGAAGAAUCCCUUUUGGCAGACAAUUGCAAACCUUAGCUCCCUCAGGUUUUGAAGGAAAUCUUGAUCUUUGUGGUGAACCACUUGAAAAAAAAUGUCCCGAAGACACGACAACAGUAAAUCCUCAAGGGUCAGAAAUUCAUGGUGAAGAUGGCAAUUCAGUUUUCCAUGAAGGAUUUUACAUGUGCUUGGGGAUAGGCUAUUUCACAGGUUUUUGGGGAUUAUUAGGGCCAAUACUACUUUGGAGACCUUGGAGAAUUGCUUAUAUAAGGUUCUUGAACAAGCUGAUAGACUAUAUAUAUGUAUUGGUAGCAAUCAAUGUGACAAGGUUCCAAAUGUGGCUGAAACACUAG